AUGCGGAGGUUGCCCCACCCCGCUGUCCGCACGGUGGCUCGGAACACGGAACUGUUGGUGCUGCGCUCCUCCAUCUCUGCAGACAGAGGAGAGAAAGACGUACUCUGAAACGCCUGAGACAGUAUCAUUUUGGACUGACUGGCGUUUUCUUCGUCGCUAAUGAUGUUCCGCCUUCGGGCAUUGUCCGCAGUUUCGGUGGGGCUUGCACAGUUGUCCCGGCGUUAUCACAAUGGGGCUGUCCGAGGAUCUGGUCGGAGGAGGCUGAUGCUGGCAGCCCUGGCUGGUGCAACUGGUGUGUCUGCUAGUGCUGGACUGCUGUGGCAAAGAGCAUAUGCAGAUGCAGGGUCAUCUGUGAGACACGCUGAGCAGCCAGGUGGAGAUGAAGCUGAAUUUGUGAGAGAUGCAGACUCUGAGACGGAGUCAGAGAAAUCAGUGGAGCCCAGCAGUGGAGAUGAGGAAGCAAAAGAUGAAGGUGGAGAUGGGAAAAAAAAGAAGCCACGCUCUGGGUUCCGUGACCGCAAGGUGAUGGAGUAUGAGAACAGGAUAAGGGCUUACUCAACUCCAGACAAGAUUUUCCGCUACUUUGCCACGCUGAAGGUCAUCAGUGAGCACGGGGAUGCUGAGGUUUACAUGACACCUCAGGACUUCAUACGCUCUAUCACACCUAAUGAGAAGCAGCCUGAGAACCUAGGUCUGGAUCAGUUCAUUGUGAAACGCUAUGAUGGGAAGGACUUCUGGCAGAAGAUUGCCCAAGAGAGGGAGAAGUUUGCAGAUGAGGACAGCAUAUUUUACUCACUGGGAGAAUGUGGCCUCAUCUCCUUCUCUGAUUACAUCUUUCUCACUACUGUGCUGUCCACUCCCCAGAGGAACUUUGAGAUUGCUUUCAAGAUGUUUGACCUGAAUGGCGACGGUGAGGUGGACCUGGAAGAAUUUGAACAGGUCCAGAGCAUCAUUCGCUCCCAGACCAGUAUGGGCAUGCGCCAUCGUGACCGCUCCACCACAGGAAACACCCUGAAGACGGCCGGCUGCAGCUCUGCUCUCACCACCUACUUCUUUGGAGAAGACCUGAAGGGAAAGCUCACCAUUGGCAGCUUCCUGGAGUUUCAGAGGAAAUUGCAGCACGAUGUGCUCAAACUAGAGUUUGAAAGGAACGAUCCUGUGGACGGCAGAAUCUCUGAGAGACAGUUUGGGGGUAUGCUGCUGGCCUACAGUGGCGUCCAGUCUCGUAAACUCAAGCAGAUGCAGAAAGGCUUGAAGAAAAUGUUCAAGGAUGCACAGGGCAUCACAUUUCAGGAGGUGGAGAACUUCUUUACUUUCCUGAAGAACGUGAAUGACGUGGACACAGCCCUGAGUUUCUACCACAUGGCUGGAGCCUCUAUUGAUAAAGUUACCAUGAAGCAGGUGGCCCGCACUGUAGCCAAGGUGGAGUUGUCAGAUCACGUGUGUGAUGUGGUGUUCGCUCUGUUCGACUGUGACGGGAAUGGAGAGCUUAGUAAUAAAGAGUUCAUAGCGAUCAUGAAGCAGCGGCUGAUGCGUGGGCUGGAGAAGCCCAAGGACAUGGGCUUCACUCGGCUGGUGCGAGCCAUGUGGAAGUGUGCCCAGGAUACUGCCUGGGACUUUGCCACACCAAAGACAUAAUAGAGACAGGUGACAACGUGUGAGUGAGAGAAAGACAGCGUGUGAAUAAGGCAACAUCACCCAGCAAAAGUAUUCUCCUUCAACAGGUUUCGCAAAUUUAAACAGACAACUAAUGCAUUGAACUCAUUAAAGCUGCAGCUCUGAGAGGCAUUAUCAAUCAUUACCGCAUGUUACUGUAGUUCAUGCUGUCGAUAUAGUGACUGAAGCAUCCUGAUGCAGUCCAGUGUGUUCUGAAAUGCUUCUCUAGUGUGUCUGUUGAAGGGAUGAUGGGUCUAUUUUACAAUAUACAAAGUUUGUUUGUUUAUUCUUUAAAAAAGCAGCAUCAACCCAUGACUGUGGAACAGUUUGGCAAACACUAAAAAAACAAUACUUCUCCUACUCUAUUUAGCACAUUUUAGAGGCAAGACAAGAAGAGCUAUCAAUUAUAUUUGACCUCCAGCUGUGUUAAAGCUCCACUAUAUCUGUUCUACACAGACAACAGACCCUUAGAUAUUUUCUUUGGAGGGACACAGCAGAAGUCUGUAAUGUUAUUAGAACCGCUUCAUUCACUCUGCUCGUUCCACAUCCUUAUUCCUUGCAUUCUGUCCCAUUAAAGAUCAGUGAUGCUUGUCUUGCUCAGCAAUGUACUGUUCAAAGUGUGUAUUCUUCUAAUUACUAUUGCUCACUGAAACACUUUAUAUAAGAUGGAUGUUAAAGAAAUACUCUAUUAAAAGACGUUUUAAUAAGUAAAA